GCCAGGGCCGGCCUCCUUCCCUUCGCCUCUCGAGUCCAUUUCCCCAGCUCUAGUGACACCAACGCACCAAGGCGAGCGCCACAGCUGCCCUUGCUGCCGCUCCUGCUUCUCCUCCUCCUCAAGGAUCUUACAAACCGCGUCGGUGGCGCCUCCUUCUCUUCUUCUUCCCUUCCUUCCUCCUCCGAAGAAGCGCAGGGGAAACUCCAGCUUGGAAAGGGAGGGAGGAGGAGAAGGGGAGGGGAGGGGGGAGAGAGAGCACCACGCCAGCUUCCUGCUUGCAAAGAAGAGGGGUGGGGGGAGCCUAGAGAGGAGCCAAGGCGACGCUGAGGCAGCCAAAGAAUACAGAACACAACCUUGGCUCCAUCCUGCCUAGAGCUCCUUUUUGUGCACAGAUGAGAAGAGUGGCUGAAGAGGAGUAAAGCUGUGGGAAAGGGUUUCAUCCCUGUGUUUCCACCCCAGGAUGCUUGCUGUUUGCCAACACUGAAGGAGGCACCAUGGGGCUCAUCUCCUAGCUCCGUUUAAGAGCCCCCUCCCUCCAAAUCCCAACCCACAUCUGUCGUGGCGACCGUGGAGUGUCGCCUCUGGGGGCGGAGCCCACCUCGGUCUCUCCUUAUUGGGUCUGGAUGGAAUUGCGGUGAAUGGAACAGAAGCCCAGCACGGUGGAGUGCCUGUCGGAGCCAGAGGACUCCCGGUGGCCGGAUGGGAAACGUAAAAGAAAAAGCAGCCAAUGUUCGGUGAAAAGCAGUAUGUCAGGGUACAUCCCUAGCUACUUGGACAAAGAUGAGCAGUGUGUCGUGUGUGGAGACAAAGCCACGGGGUACCACUACCGGUGUAUUACCUGUGAAGGCUGCAAGGGCUUUUUCCGACGGACCAUCCAGAAGAACCUGCACCCAACAUACUCCUGCAAGUAUGAUGGCUCCUGCGUCAUCGACAAGAUCACCCGCAACCAGUGCCAGCUUUGCCGAUUCAAGAAGUGCAUUGCUGUUGGGAUGGCCAUGGACUUGGUGCUGGACGACUCCAAGAGGGUAGCCAAGCGGAAGCUGAUUGAAGAGAACCGGGAGAGGCGGCGCAAAGAAGAGAUGAUGAAAUCCCUUCAGCAUCGGCCAGAGCCAACUGCAGAGGAGUGGGAGCUGAUCCACGUUGCCACAGAGGCACACCGCAGUACCAAUGCCCAAGGCAGCCACUGGAAACAGAAGCGGAAAUUUCUGCCCGAAGACAUUGGUCAGUCUCCCAUGGCCUCCAUGCCUGAUGGGGACAAAGUGGACUUGGAGGCAUUCAGUGAGUUUACGAAGAUUAUCACCCCAGCCAUCACUCGUGUGGUGGAUUUUGCCAAAAAACUGCCCAUGUUUUCAGAGCUGCCUUGUGAGGACCAGAUCAUCCUUUUGAAGGGCUGCUGCAUGGAGAUCAUGUCAUUGCGGGCAGCAGUGCGCUACGACCCCGAAAGUGAGACUCUGACACUAAGUGGCGAGAUGGCUGUCAAGCGGGAGCAGCUGAAGAACGGCGGUUUGGGUGUGGUCUCGGAUGCCAUCUUUGAUCUGGGCAAGUCUCUCUCUGCCUUCAACCUGGAUGACACUGAAGUAGCGCUGCUCCAAGCUGUGCUGCUCAUGUCCUCAGACCGCAGUGGGCUGAUCUGCGUUGACAAGAUUGAAAAAUGCCAAGAGACCUACCUGCUGGCAUUUGAACACUACAUCAACUAUCGCAAACACAACAUUCCCCACUUCUGGCCCAAGCUCCUCAUGAAGGUGACCGACCUGCGCAUGAUUGGGGCUUGCCACGCCAGCCGCUUCCUGCACAUGAAGGUGGAAUGCCCCACGGAGCUCUUUCCCCCACUCUUCCUCGAGGUCUUCGAGGAUCAGGAAGUCUAGGGUGUGGGGAGGGAGGGGGCAAACAGGGGUGCGGGAGAAUUGGGGACGUGGGGCAAUUUGGGACUGGGGCGAUGUCUGGACUUGGGCCACAGUGCCCCCACCUCAUCACCUCGGACAUAACAGAUUUUAUUUCUUCUUUUUUUGUUCUGUUUUGUUGUUUUCAUUUUUUCUUUUCUUUUUUGUUUUUGUUUUGUUUUUCUAAAUAUUGCACGUCAGCAUCAGUGAAUCACGUGGAUGGGGAGGCGGGGCAUCGUCGGUAGGGGUUGGGCCACCAAAAAAAAAAAAGGUUGAGACUAAGCAAAACCUUUGUUACAAGGUAGACUUGUGCAGCAGCCAACACUUUUUUUUGUCUAGACAGACUUAAAUUUUUUUUACGUGGGCAAUAUGUUUCCCACCCAUCCCCUGUGUAUCUUACUUCCUCAAAUCCCCUUUUGUCCCAAAGUGAUCUUUGCAGGGUGAAAUGUCCAUCUUUAAUUUUGACGCAAUGUGGAAAGGAGGAAACCGAUCCGUUAUGUUAUACCCCUCCCUCCCCAACAAAGACACCUUUGCUCUUUUCCCCCUUAAGAAAAAACUUCCCCAGCUCCACAGCACUGGAAACCGUUGGCACCUCUCCGCUUUAGCCCUGAUCAAACCUCUCUCGUUUAAAUGGACUUAAUUACCAAUAUAUAUAAAUAUAUAUAUGUUUCUUUUGCACAUAACAGUCCCAGGAAACGUCAGAGUGUGUUUGGUUAUGUUUUUUUCCUUGUCUUCAUUUACUUUUAGAACUUAUAGCAUUUAGUUACCCUCCCUGAGAGGCUAAAAUAUAAAAUGCACUUUUUUAUAAAAAGAAAUAAAGAUUUUUUUUAAAAAAGAAAGAAAGAAAAGGAACCGAGAGAGUUAAGAGAGAGAUCCUAUUAAAUUAUUGAGGGGUAGGCAGAGCAGAGGGGAGGAAAGUCACAGGUAGGUUUGGCAAAUAGGUAAAUAAAACUCAAAUUGAGGCUUAAGGUCCCAGACUGAAGGACAAAUGCACUUUGAAAAAACAAAGGCUCCCCUCUGCCUGAUCCUCCCCUGGUGGAGACACAGGUGAUUGAAUAAGAGAUCUAUUUUAUUUUGCUUCGAAUCGCACUGCAGGGCUUGAAUCAUAGGGGUGCCAGCUUUAUAUUCCAGUGCUGAGGGGUUUCUUCAUCCACCUCCCUCCCCGCCCCCAAAGCUCCUCCCUUACCCGAGGCUUCAGCCAAUCUACCUCCAUGUUGGGCAAAGGUGGGUGGGUGGUCCAACACGUCCCCACCCGCUCUUACACUGCCUCCACCCCCAGCUGAAAGGCCGCAUGCAAUGUCGUUCCCACCGGGCUUUUUAAACGGCUCUCGCUAGUUCUUUGCACACGCUUUCCCACGCCACGGGGCGGUACACUUUUUGCUGCACUAGUACUCUCGAUGCCCUGCCCUCCCUCUGCUCUUCUCUCUGGAGCAGCCAUGAGCCAGGAUUCCUGGCUCUUCCACGCUCCAGGGGAAUCCAGUAAGGGUCGAAUCCUUGUUUUGUUUGUUUUGCAAAUGGCACUUAUCGAUGUAGAAGACAAGAAACUGCUAACGUUCAUAGGGAGGCAGUAGCAUCCCUCUCAUAACCAAGAGAUCUGCAGACUUCCUAACAUUUAAGAGCUCUUAUGGUGACUAGCUCUGUGUAACUUAGUUGAGGAAGGUGCCAAGUAUUUUACUCUCUGUUUUAAAAUCUUUGUUCUACGGUAUCCUGUGCCCCACACUCCUUUAAAUCUUCAACCCAGCUGUUGACACCAGUUGCGUUCAUGUUCAGGGGAGGAAAUGGCAAAGAUCUUCUAGAUCAGGCCUUUAGAUCCUGUGGCCCUCCAGGUGUUUGGGACUCCAACUCCCAGAAACCUUAGCUAGUUUGUCCAAUGGUCAGGAAUUCUGGGAUCUGGAAGCCAAAACACUUAGAGCAGUGGUUCUCAACCUGUGGGUCCCCAGGUGUUUUGGCCAACAACUCCCAGAAAUCCCAGCCAGUUUAACAGCUUAUUGUCGAAGGCUUUCAUGGCCGGAAUCACUGGGUUGCUGUGAUUCUUUCGGGCUGUAUGGCCAUGUUCCAAAAGCCUUCUUUCCUGACGUUUCGCCCACAUCUCUGGCAGGCAUCCCCAGAGGUUGUGAGGUACAUGCCACAGAUGUGGGCAAAAGGUCGGGAGAGAAAGCUUCUGGAAUAUGGCCAUGCAGCCAGAAAGACUCACAACAACCCAGUUUACCAGCUGUUAAGAUUUCUGGGAAUGGAAGGCCAAAACAUCUGGGGACCCACAGGUUGAGAACCACUGACUUAGAGGGCCACAUGUUGUCCAGGUCUGUUUUAGAUGGUUAUUCUUUAGCAGCGGGGAAGCAAUGUGUCUGUUAGAUCCUCCUUGCCAAAUCCAAUCAAGUUCUCCCUUUGGAAAGUGCACUGGGUCAAGAAAAUGAUAUUUUAAUACAUGUCCUUCCCCAAUGUGGCAACCUUAACCUGUUCUUAGCCUUAGGUUGUACAACCAAGGUGGGAGUAAUUCCAGUUGCAGUUUUCAGUUCACCAUCCUGUUGGUUAGUCCCACUUAGAGUAGACCCAUUGAUUCAGUUUCUGAACAUAGAGGUAUACCCCAUUGAUUCAGUGAGUCUACUCUAAUCAAGACUAAUACAGGCCCCAGUGAGCAAUCUCACUUUUGGAAAACGUCAUCAAGAUUUUGUCCAAGCUGAUAAAAGAGAAGCAGCAGCUCUUCAUUCUUGAUCUCAUGUUGACAUGCAUUUUUUUAAAAAAGGAUGCUGCAUCUCUGUUGCUAGUUGUUUGGGCAGAAUCCCUGAUGCUCAGCCCAGUAACUAAUUUCAUGAGGGUGCCGUUUUGAGGAAAGGAAGAUUGGUGGUUAGCCAGGCCGUCCUCCCGUUCCCCAAAAUGGUGACCAGAGAGCCAUAUUGCCACGGCCACCAGGCUUGCCUUUGACACCGCUCUCUUGCCUCUGGGAUGGCCAUGUGGCAAGAGAUGUCUAGGGGUAGAUCUGGCACUGGAACCUCUAGUUCCUAAUCUAAAGAUUUGCCCACGUAAAGUAUUUUUGGAGAUAAGAAAGUUCCGCUUCUCCCUUUCUCCUUCCUGUCCGUUUCACCCUUAAUGCAAACCAAACUGUGAUCACCUUAAUGCAAGUAUUUUGGCACUUAACAUUGUUAAUGGGUCAGACCUCUCGCUUGAGCCACUUCUUCUGUGAUAGAUCCAUCUCUCUGUCAAUCUGUUAGCCAGACUUCUUUUGCAACUGUAAUGUAAUAUUAGGGGAGAGGGGUACAUUUUUAAACUCCUCCCUCCCCUUCCUUUUCUUUCUCUUCUCUGUCACUUGGUUUCCGUUGGGAAAAAAAAACCUUUACCUCUUACCUCAUUCAAGACGCCGUGGGAAACGUUACAUGAUGGGCUUUGGGUGCAUGUGAGAUGUACCAUUUGAAGGUUCAGGGGCCGGCGCAUGGAGAACACAGCUCCAGUUUAAGCUAAUAUACAGAAAUAUAUAUAUAAGUAUGUAUAAUUUUUUUUAAUUAAGAAGAAAAAAAUCUUUGUACGGGUCUGUUCACAAAAAAGAAAAAAAAGAAAAAUCACACAAACGAAAUUGGGGUUGGAAGAAAACAGUAAUUGUUUUUUGUUUUGUUUUGUUUUCAAUCACCUUUGACAACAUGGGGUUCAUGGGGGGCAUUACUGCUAAGCUGGUAUUGAGUCCCACAUGCCAGCACAGCACGGUUGGUUAUAUUCAGGGCUGAAUAUAAAGCUGUCCACAGUUCCAUGGGAGCAUAGGAUUUGGUUUUGGAUACAUCUGUUUCAUUAUUUUAAGAAGAGCACUAUUCCAUGAAGAUGUGCACGAAACCCUGGUGAAAUCUCAAAGGGGGAUUUCUAGUGGUUCAGAGUGGAAGACUCCAGUGCAGAAGCAGAAUAUAUUAUGCAAAACAAGCACAGAUGUGCAGUUUUGCUUAACGGUUCGGCUUUUCUUGAUGUGGGAUUUAGCUGUUUGCUGGUGUGAUUUUAAAGUGCAGAGUAUACACGGCCCUAGCUGUAUUCCCAUCAGCUAUCUUGCCAGGGAAUUGCAGCUGCUCGCCUUUGAAAUUGUUUAUCUUGGGGUUAUGCAGCUAACAGAAUCUUUGGGUGGAAGAUUCAAAUUCAUGUAUAUGGGAGGGUUGCCUCUGGGGUGGGUUUCCUAAGGGUGAAAACACCUCCGAGUUCCACAGAAAGGAAGGGUCAGUCUUAUCUGAACUGCUCCUAAAACCUAAUUAAUACCCUUGCAAUAAUUGUUUUAAAAGCAUCCAAAGAUGAGAGACCCCACAGCCUGGUUGGUUAACCUUCUGCCCUGGCAUUUUCUCCUUGUACUUAAGUGGUAACACAGAUAUCCUGUACAUAUGUGCACACAUACACUAAGCCCCUAUAAACAGAUGUUCAGGUUCCUUUAUGCUCAUUUGAGCGUUUCCGGAAAAGACACUCAGAAGUAACCAGCUCACAAAAUCACAUAACUCUGCUCCUUCUAGUUGCAGCCCUUUGUUUUGUUCUUCCCAGAUUUCAGCCCUAUAGUUUUGACCAUUGUCUUCUCAUCUCACAUGCCAUUCAUAAGCAAACAUUGCAGAGCUAUGUUCACACUUUAAACACUUCCCAUCUUGUGUUAACACUAGCACUGUGUAAUGGAACUAGGAGAUACGUAUGUGUGUUCAUGUGGGUGUGUGUAUGUGCAUUCCAGAAUCUUACCUAGGCUACAUGUUAUCAAAUCUCAUUUAAAUGAUUGGAUCUUUCUUCUGGGAAAAUAUGCAAAGGGUGGAUCCCUUAGUCCUUGAUCUCAUAAGGAUUUGGAGGAAGUCAUGGUGUCUUAAGCUUCUGAAAGGCUCCAUUGUGUGUAUUCAUAUAAGGCUGCCUCAUAGGAUCCAUCUGAGCCAAACUUGUCUGUUUUUAACAAAUCUCCAGGCAAAAAUGUUUCUUCAUCCAGGCAUCUGAAAAUCCAGGUAAUCUAAAAAAAACAAUGCAGGAGAUACUGAAGAGUCUCCAUGCUAUUUAGAUUGCUCUUUUUACUAGUCAGGUUUUGAUCAGAGCAGUAGUCAGGGCUAGGACCACGUUUUUGAUUAAAAUCACACUCCUUUCUUUUACAUCCUGAGGGGAAAAGACAGAAGAUCUUGAAUAUCAUGUUACCUGAGUUGACAAGAACCUAGAUCUUUACUCACACAAAGCAUCUCUCCUGAGCUGUAGACCUUUCCUGAAAGAGGAACUUUUCUUCAGCCCUAAAAAGGAGCCGUCAGCUGAUUGAAGAGUGUUUCUUGAGCAGGAUUUUUUUUUAAAAAAAAAUGCAUAAUGGAAUGACAAAUUUGCAAAUCCUUUCAUAAGACUAGAGCUUUUCUGUAUUCAAUUAUCUUUCAGCACUGUGUUCAGUCUGUUUUUACACUGCAAGAACCUCCUCCCCAGAGGAAAUCUGAAGGGCUCUUUUUUCUUCCCAUCCUAUUCCUAGUGUGCUUCUAUAGCUUGUCUCCCUGCUAGCUUUAUCUUCCCUAAAAAACCCAACUGACACUUUUAAAGGUUGGGGAUCAUGCUCUUCAUCCAUUAUCAUCCUCCGGUAGGAGAAAUAGAUUGUCAAGUGUCAGUUAUUUGACCAGUACUGAAUCACAACACACACCAUGGUUUCAACGUGUGACAUUUCUAUCUCUAAGAUGGAGCAUCAGCCCAUAACUUACACCAGACAAUCCACUCCUGAAGCCAUUGCAUCCUUCCAUCUUUACGUUUUUAGUUCUUAUAAAACUACCUUGUACAAAGUCAAGAUUACUGGACCAUUUAGUCCAGUAUUGUCUUUUUUGCCUGUUGUCAGGAGUUUCAGCUAGGAAUCCUUCCAUUGAAGAUGUCUAGAAUUGGACCUGGGACCUUCACUACACAAAACUUGUGCUCUCCAGCUGGCCCUUUCCCCACUUCAGUUUAAUCAGUUUGUGUUAUUGUGAUGAUCAACGUGUUCAAUCCCAAACACUUAAAAGAGUGCUCUAAACAAUUUCCUAGAUAUCCUACAAAAGGUUCCUGUAAAACCCAAAGUUUUCAAACAAAACAUUGAAUGAAUCCCCAUCUCCUUUGAAAUAAUUAUCCCAUGGCAACUUCUACUUGGAGUUCUAGUUCAAGACAUUUCAGGGCUCCCUAAUAUAGAGCAUAGGGAUGCAGUUUUGGAAAAGCUGUUGGGUGGAUAUUCUGGGACUUGUACUCUAAUAAUAAUAAUAAUAAUAAUAAUAAUAAUAAUAAUAAUAAUAAUAAUAACAACUACUACUACUACUACUACUACUACUAUUACUACUUUCCCAAAGUUCAGUCAAAACAGUGCAAUACUACUGUUGCAUCCUUCUAAUUGGCAGAUAGUACUUGAUAUGAAUAUCAGUAUUCCUCUUGGAGUUUAGAAGACAAUGGGCACUCAAUAUUUACUAACCUACAUACAGUUCACUGAUAAAGUUGAUUAGUUUCUCCAUACAUCCCCAAUUCAAAAGUAAUGAUGAUGUUGACCAAAAGACAAAGACAUUAAGAAAGUACAGUUUCUAGGUCUCAUGUAUAGCCACAACUAGAUGGCUACCACAUUGACCGGUGGCUUCCUUUCUGAAUUGAUUGUUGCCAGGUUGAAUUUUGAUAUUUUCUCAUACAUCAUGAUUUUUAUGAAACAAGUUGGUGAGUUAUCAAGUAGUCUUCAUGCAUGUAUGAAACAUCCUUUGGACUGGAGAUGAAUGCAGCUUUAAAAGGCAUUGAAGGUGAUUUCCCUUGUGAUAAUUACAUGCACAUAGGCACGCUCUCUUAAUGUCACUUCUGGUUUAAAUGGUUUUGAAACAGCACCAAAUUGUGAACCUGAAGUUGAAGUUGGCAUAUUUCUGCAUCACAAAAUGUGAUGACAAGUCCCAUCAUAAAAGACUUGUGUGUCUUGAAGAAAGUUCAGGGGUGUGACCAUAACGUGAACCCAUCACAGGGAUUUCUUGAGAGGAGGUUUGUUAAAUUGCCUUUAAGGCUGAAAGUGACUUGCCUGAGGACAGAAGUGGGUUUCCGUGGAUUUGCAGGAAUUCAAACCCUUCUCUCAAACACUACACCAGACUGGCUCUCUUGAGGUCUUCUCUCUUUUCUCACACAUAGAAAAAAAAACCUGUUUCCAGAGCUUGCUGUAGCACAUGAACUAAAUUUCUUCUGAAAAGUACAAUAGAAAGUGUAAUUUUUCUUUUUAAAAGAUUAGCACUUCAACGUCUUAACAAAGAUAGUUCAAAGUCAUGAUGUGCAGUAUUUCCUUCAGAAUGCCACCUUUGUUGUGGUUACUGCACAUAUAUAUACCAUACAUCAAGCAGCAUUUUUUGGCAUUUCCCAGAGUGUUUGGUUGCAGUCUAUCUUGCCAUCAGUCAUGAAAACCCCAUGUGUUGUUCUUGUCUUCAGGAGAAAAAUGCCUUUUCCCCAUCUUAGCAGAAACAUAAAAAUAACCCCUCUCUUCACUGUCAUUGGGUUGUUUGGUUAGUAUAAACACACACCUUUUUUUUUGUCCUCCAGAGAAAUUGCAAAUUUAAUGGAUAGUUUAAUUGACUAACAUUUUCAUGGUCAAUUACAAUUUGUUAGUUGCGUUGCAGCCAUAGUGUGUUGUCAGCAUCACAAGCAGCAGUAAUUCUUUCAAAUCACCUCCAGUUCUGUGAUAAAGCUAUCUGAAUGCCUCCAGCUUCUUUUCAUCUGAAGGGGAACAUGUUCUGUACUUGCAUUACAUUUUAAAGAGGCACUUUGCUGUUGUUGUGUGACAGGGUUCCUGCAAUUUAAAAAGCAAAACAAUUCACAGUGUUCUGCGACAAAAGCUCACUUAUAUUUAGCUUGAGCGUAUAAGGUUGCCCGGUUGAACACUGAAGACUUCUUGCUCUCAAUACCUGCUGAAGUUCCCCCUUCUGCACAACCAGUAAAAGUACAAGAGCUGUCUCCAGUUUUCACUUUGGAAGCUCCCAGAGUGUAAGAUUUACUUCUAGUUAUGUACACAAUGUCCUGUUCCGUUGUCUCUCUUUUAAAUACUUCUGCACACAAAGCACUUCCUCUUCUCUCUGUCAUUCUCUUAAAUACAUCUGCAAACCCCGUAACCUCAGUGUGGUAUUGGCCCUCAUUAUCACAACUACUCUUUUACCAGCAACUUUACAAGCUCUUCACUGCACACAUAUAAAAGCGCUUUAUUCUGGGGAGGUUUAUAUUCCCACCUUGCUUUGAGGCCAGAGGGGAAAAAAACAAUUUCUGCCAUACUCUUGGCAUGCAAGUUGAAACUCUGCCCCAGUUGAAAGACUGUCCAGAGUUCAGGAAAGUUAUUCUUUUGGAUUAGAACACCAAGAUUCCCAGAUCUAUGUUACACUGGCUAAAAAUUCACAUUUCUCAGCUCUAGUGACUGGUUUUGCCUGCUAUUCUGCCAUUGCUUUCAGACACUGUUAUCGUCUGUAAAGAUGUUCUGGAGGAAACAUUCUGCAUUCACCAAUACUUGGCCCAUCUCUGGCCAAGCUGAAACUUGCAGCCCAUCCAGAGAGUCCUUUUUGCAUCAACAUGUUGUUGCCCUUAAACUCUUCAUAUGGAAAUCUUGUACUAUCCUAAAUCCCUUCCCCAAUGUCUGCUCUUCUUUUUGUCCAUUUUACCUCCUUUGGUUCUAGUAGGAGACGACCCACAGCCUGACUUUGCAUCCUUUCAAUAAUGUGAGUUAGAGGUUGUGCCGGCGUAAAAAUAGGCACCAUUGUGCACAUUUCAUGGAAGUGCUAUAGACAAGGGAAAAAAUUCUCCCCCCAUAAUCCUUGGUACACCCCACUAGUCAACGGCACUGUGGUGCCAAAAGGCUCUAUAAUCACUUUGAAUGACCAGCAGCCCCCUCUAUAAGCUUCUGUCUUUCUUCAAAGUCAGCUCAGUGGGACAUGCAUAUGCACAUGAAAUGGAUAUGUUGCCAUGUGCUGUGUGAACCUCGAUCUGGCCAUACUUGUGCACAUCACCCAGGUGUCUGAAUGUGCAUUUGUCAUUCAUAUAUACGAAUGUGCAGUAUUGUGAGUGUGCGGUGUUGAUCAGCUUGUAUGUGUGUGUGUGGAUGUGUGUGACUGUACCUGUGUGUUGAUUCGGGAGGCUGUGUGCCCAUUUAUAUUUUAUAUUUUUCCAUAAGGUGCUAACAUGUCUAGUUAAAACGUAUUCCUCCGUUAUGGAACAGAACACAUGUAUGCAGUGUAUGUGCGUGUGCUCCUACCUGCACAUCUGUCAUGGUGCUCCUGUGCUUUCUGUCAUUUGCAUGUUUGGGGUGGCUGUCUAUGCAUUUUGGCCCCACACAUGUGCUCCAGAUAUUGACAGUGGCCAAAUCAAUGCCUCUGGUGGCUGCAACUACUGAAGCUGGGCUCCCUUCAGGCUGUAUGCUAGGGAUAAGGAUGUGUUUAGAUUGGCUUCCCUCAACCAGAAACUCUCUAGUUGUGUUAGACUACAACUUUCAGCAUCCCCUCCCAGCAUUGUCAUUGGCCAUAGGGCUCAAGGGGUAAUUCAGGUUGCAACAUAACACAUCUAGAUGGCACAAGUUGGGGGAGGCUGGUAUAUUAAUCUCUAGCCUGGUUGAAAGGUGCGUAGUCUUAAGUGUUCGCAAAUACAGAUGUGGCACUGUUUUCAUGAACCAACCCAUUCUUUGUUUGGCUUGUGAGUGUUUUGAUUCUUCUACCACGAAAGGCUUUUUAAGCAUAGGUAUCCACAUCUGCGUGAAACACUCCUGCCGGUUUUCCCUCACCUCUCUGGACUUGUUCACCCCCAUCGCAGGGGAUGGUGCGUUGGCCGUUCAAGCGCUAACUCUGCCCCACCUGCCCCCCACUUCUUCUUUCCGGAGGCCUUAAUGCUAUUCUUUCAUUAGCCAGCAGGGGCACACUUUCAUACACUGACCAGUGUACAGUCUAUUCUGUAUUUGUAACUUUUGUAAAUAUUUUUUAAAUAGCCGGAGCGUGUGGAUGUAGAGCUCUGUCCAGGAAAGCAUGAUUGGGCUUGUAUUUUGCAAAGUAUUUAAAGACACCUCUGCUUAUCAGGAAGGGAGAGGGGAAGGGUACUAAUUCCUCAUUGCCUUAUACCAAAUAUUCAAGUCUCUUUAUGAAAUAAUGUAUUGUUCUCCUCAUCAUCCUCCAUUCACUUCCCAUGCAUAUUCACCCUUAAGCGUUGGGAAACUCCACACUGGGGGGGAAAGAGGUGGGCUUUUAAAGCCCCGGCGAAAUUGUCAGAAUUGGUUCUUUCCUGGAGUGAAAGACCCAAAAGUAUCUGUGUGUGCAUAGUAUAUCUUUGGAAGUUCUCCAACCCAAGCUUUAUUGAAAUGGAGAGUAGCUCUCAGUCAUUUCAUUCGGACUUGUGAAGGACAGCGUCCUGUAUGACUUCACCUGUAGCAUAUGUAUAUAUGAACAUAGUUCUAUCAACUGUGCAUGGAACGAAACGUGCACAGAUUCCCUAUGCAUACCAAGUGUAGACGUCCUGUGCACUUUGCACAACCCCUUGCCACAACACACAUGCACAACCUGCUGCCUAUAAAUUUUCCUUACAGAUUUUGGUGGAGAGAGAAAAGAGAUACCAGACAGCCAUUUUUCUCUGACUCCCUUAAUUUUCCCUCCACCUAUAUAACCCUGGCAUAUAAAGUGAUCCCACCCAUUUGGGCACAGAUAUGGGUGACUUCAGCUUAGUAUUGUACGCGUAAAUGUUGAGCUCACUGUAUUUGGUUUCUCUGCUCCAUGAUCUGGGUGAUCACCAUCAUUGAUGAGUAAUUUCAGUCUCAUCAAACCUCUUCCUUAACAGGAGGAGGCCUUGUGCCUCCAAACCUUGAGUUUUUGCAGCUAAGUGAUCAACCACUUCUGAUCAACCACAUCUUUUGCCAGAGACCUGGUUGACACACAAUAGCAGGCUCCUAUCCGAUAGCAGGGUCAAAGAGAGGGCUUGGGUGCAGAUUGGAUAUCAGAUUGUCACUGCAAUGAAAUCAUAUCACUGUAUAUUCCAGUUUUCUCUAUAGAAUGAAGCCAAAAUGGAUGGAGUGCAACCAAGCGACAUGAACCAUUGUGUGAACCAAUCUUAAAACAGCCAAUUCACACAGUUCUGCUCCAGAAAUAUGGAAGAGGGAAAGCAGGAGAACUCCCUCUCAAGGGUUGCUCAGCUUAAGAGGCUGUGGCAUCUUAGCCAAAGAAAAUCGGUCCACUCUGAGCAUCUCUGCAUCGGUUGUGUAGCUCAAAAGCAUAUGCCGUUCUCCCUUGCUUUCAGUCUUUAUAUAGGACUAACCUGCAACCUUUCUCUCCAUUCACACACUCAUGCCUCUGAAGAACCACCAGAUAGUGUCUAUUUCAACAGGGGAAGGGGCAAACCCCAUCCAUUCUGAGCUUGUACCAGGGAUGUAUGGAAAUCACUCCUCUCUGGGGAGAGCAUUGGUGAUGCCAUUGCUGCACAUCGGUUUUCCUUUGGAGGGCACUGUGAACCAUCUCAUUGAUGGCUGGGGCAAGAGGGCACAUGGGUGUAUGUGUAUAUAUAUAUGUGUGUGUAUAUAUUUGUGCGUCUGCUGCGGUCUGUACAUUAAGUCACCUUGAGAGAGGGAGGAAGAUCUCAGGGUGAAUCCCUCCCCGAAAACCCUGCCACCUCAGGUGUUCACACUCACCUUCAUGCCAAUUCUCUCCAUAUUUUGCCUUUUGGGGUCACAAUCCAAGGCAAGGAAAGCGGCAAAGAAGUGCCCCCCAUCCUACCGCACCUCUUUGUGGGUACCAAGUGGUAUCUCUCAGUUGGGUUGGUAUCCAACCUGUCUGGAGAAGCAUACGGCCUUUGCAGCCAGUAGCAGGAGUCCUUGCUCCUUUGGGGCAUGAUGCCUCACUUGCCGCCACCACAUGGGGCACUUAAUGACUGUGACAAUUGAUGAGUAGGAGCCAGGGUUUGUCUGUCUGUCUGUCUGUCUGUCUCCAAGUUCAGACGUAGCUGGGGAAGGCAGUGAGGAACGCUUUUCCUGCACCACUUCUCAGUAUUCCUUUGCCAAGUACAUACCUCAUACAGUUUCUGCAGAUGGUACCCCACACUGAUCCGUGCUACACCUCCUUCACACCCAUUUGAUGGUAGUUCUCAAAGAGUAUCUUUACUCAAGGGGUUGCCCUUUGGGAUCCAGAUUAGAAGGUUUGGGGAAGAACCGAAAGCUGUUCUCACAUACGUUGGGGAGCAAAGGAAGUUUCCAGUAAGGGAGAAACCCCAUCACCCCUUCCCUUUCCCCCCUCUUACCCCGCCUCCAUAUACUAUGCAUUGUGGGUUUUCCCCCCUCGCAGUCCACAGCAGGGAAAGAAACUGUGAGCAGGGAGUUAGUGAAUGUACGUUUGGGACACGAGGUUUUCAGUGUGUUACCGAAAAAGGGUGGGUUGGGGGUGGUCAGAGGGAGGGGAAGAAGAAAUGACACCAGGUAGGAAAGUGGUCUCCCUCCACCUCAUGCUUCUCCCCUUCCCCUCCCCUUCUUCUUUUUCUUUCUUUUUGUGUCUGGGAAGCAGGACGCUGCUGAUGUAAAAAAAAUACGACAAUCACAAUUUGUCUAUGACGUGCGAUUUUGAAAAAAAAACCCUGAAAAGUCUGGGGUGAGGAAAAAAAUAACCCUUUUUUGUGUUUUUGGUCAGGAUUUUAAAGAAAGAUAUUUUUAUGGUAAUUGUCGCUGGUCUAUUUUACUAUAUAUUUAUGUAAUAAAUAUAUGAUUAAAAAACAAAACAAACCUACCCUUAAAAAAGACAAAAAAAAUCCAACCCUCACAGCCCCAA